UUUUUUUUUUUUGUUUUUUUAUGUGUCAACUAAAAACACUGAAAGAAUAACACACAACGAUGAUUUGGCAAUAGUUAUUAUUAUUUUUUUUUUUAAAAACAAGCUAAAAUACUAUUAAUUAUUAAUAAUAAUUGUGUGAAUAAAAUUAGUGCAUGUCAACAAGUUUAAUUGAGAUAUUGAUUUGAUGUAAAAAAAAAAUUAAUAAAAAUGAGUGAUAAUAUAAAUCCAUUUGCUGGUUUAUUAACAAAUGAUACUGAUGAACAAUCCGUGUCAUCAUUGUCAGUGAUAAAACAACAACAACAACCAGAUCCUGAAUCAUCAGUUCUUGAUUUAAAUAAUGAAGAAAAACAGUCAACAAUAACAAUAAUUAUUGAAGAUAUAUUUGGUAUAUAUUUAGAGACAAUUGAUUCAUUAAAAAAUAUAAAUAAAAGCCUAAAACAAUUGGUUAAAAUUGAUGCUGAAACAAUUGAAGAUGGUUUAUUUGAAAGAUUAACAUUAACAGAUAUUGGAUCAAAAUUAUAUCCACCUUUGGGAAGUAAAAAUAUUAAUUGUGAUUCACAUUAUUUACAAAGUGAUGUUGUACCAUAUUUAUUUGAAUCAUGGUGUAGAUUACAAAAAUAUAAAAAUGACAUUACCAUAAUAAAUGACGUUGAUAGAAUUGAGAAGAUCAUUGAAAGAUCAAUAAUAACAGCACUUGAAGAACCAGAAAUAUAUUGUCAAAAUAUUCAUAAACAAUAUCUUGAUUUAUUUUGUGAUCCAAUUGAAAUAUCAAAUAAUAUAAUUAAAUUUACUGAAAAUAUUAUAAAACAAAUACAACAUGAUUAUCAAACAAAACCCGAUGAACAAUAUAAACAAAUUAAAAAAUUAUUUACACCAAUAUUUUUAAUAAUUCAACAUGAAGCAUCAACAAGUAAUUUAUUAUUAUUUUCACGUUAUCGUAUAACAGCAUUACAAAUAUUUACUGGAAUAAAUGAACUUGGUAUAUUAUUAAUGGAUCUUUGUACACCAAAUGAAAGUAAAAAAAUUGGUUCAUCAUAUUCAAAUACAAUAUUAGGUUCAAUAUUAUCAUUGAGCUGUUUGCCAAAAUCAAUUGGUUCACCAUAUGAUUUUUUUGAUAAAAUAUUAACUCAACAAAAUUCAUCAAUUGAAGGUAAUAUUUGGUCAGCACUUGAUAAUUUAACUGAAUCAUUGUAUAAAGUAUUUCAUUCAUUAUUAAAAUGUUCAAAUGAUACACGUCACAUGACAUUAACAUGGAUUGGUAAAUGUCUUGAGGCAAAUUCAUCACGUGGUAAAUUAUGGAAUUCACAAUCUGGUAUUGAUUUAACUGUAUCAGAUGGUUUUAUGCUUAAUUUAAGUAAUAUAUUAUUACGUUUAUGUCAACCAUUUUCAUCAAAAUAUUCAGAUGAAAAAAUAUUAAAAGUUGAUCCAACAUAUUGUGCAGCAAUACCAAUUGAUAGUAAUGAUGCUAAAGCACGUGGUAUACAUAUUAUUGGACUAGAUAAAGAAACAUGUUUAAUACCAAUAAAUAAUAAUGAUAAUACAACUAAAAUUGUAUCAAAAAAUUUUAAUUUUAUAACUGAAUGUUUUUUUUUAACUCAUCGUUCACUUGAUUUGGGUUAUCGUAUUGUUAUUGAUAAAUUAAUUAAAACAAAUCAAGAUUUAAAUCGUAUACAACAAGUUUAUAAUGAUGCACAAAAUGGUGGUAGUAGUGAGGUAUUUGAUGUUAUAACACAAAGAAUGGAAAUGGAAAUGACAAAAUAUUUAUCAUUACGUGCUAGUUUAUUAUCACCAUCUAUGUUAAAUAUGUUAACAAAAUUUCAUUCAGCAACGGCAUACUGGUUAAUGCAAGUUAAUAUUAAUAAUGAUUUAAAUAAUAAUAAUAUUGAUAAUAUAAGUGAUGAUGAUUUAUCAUAUGCACCAAAAAGACAUAAAAAUUUAACAUUUCCAUUAACAGAUAAUAUACCAGAAACAUUAUGUUGUAUACCAGAAUUUAUUGUUGAAAAUACAAUUGGUUUUAUAUGUUUUUUAAAACGUUUAAAUCCAAAUACAUUUGAAGAGCAUGGUUUUGAUUUUUUAAAUCCAAUAUUAAGUGAAAUAAUUGGUUUAAUGGAAUCAUCAAAACGUCUUUAUAAUCCACAUUUACGAGCACAAUUAGCUGAAGGUUUAGAAUCAUUAUUACCAAUAAUUGAUGAUGGUAAUAAUACAAGUGGACAAAGAUUACAAACACUUGGUACAUUCCAUAGACAACAAUUAUUUAUAAAUCAUCAACAUAGAAAAUAUAUUGUUAAUAAUUUACUUGAAGUUUUUGUUAGUAUUGAAAUGACUGGACAAAGUGUACAAUUUGAACAAAAAUUUAAUUAUAGAAGACCAAUGUAUAUUGUUAUGGAUUAUUUAUGGAAAAUAGAUGAACAUAAAAAUUAUUUUAAAAUACUUGCUGAUAAUGCUGAAGAAAAUAUGGAUGCAGUACAACCACCAUUAUUUUUAAAAUUUAUUAAUUUAUUAAUGAAUGAUGCUGUAUUUUUACUUGAUGAAGCAUUAACAAAUAUGGCACAACUUAAACAAAUGUUAACUGCACGUGAAAAUGGUGAUUGGGAAAAAUUACCUCAAAAUGAACGUGAUCAACAAACAAGAAAUCUUCAACAUGUUGGAAUGAUUGCUAAAUUUGAUAAUAUAUUAGGAAGAGAAACAAUAUCAACAUUAAAAAUGUUAACAACAUAUAUUAAAUCAAUUUUUUGUCAUUCAACAAUGGUUGAUAGAAUUGCAUCAAUGUUAAAUUAUUUAUUGCUUCAAUUAGUUGGACCAAAUAAACGUAAUCUCAAGGUUAAAGAUCAAAAAGAAUAUGAAUUUAAUCCAGGAAAUUUGGUGCUAAAUAUUUGUGAAAUAUAUAUUAAUCUUGGUGAAAAUGAUAAAUUUACACUUGCUGUUUCACAAGAUGGUCGUUCAUAUCGUUCAGAUCUUUUUAAGCUGGCUGAUAAUGUUUUAAUGAGAAUUGGUGGUGGUGCAAUUUUAACUGAUUUAGAAAGUUUUUCAAAACGUGUUGAAGAAGCUGGAAAUAUAAAACGUGUUGAGGAAGAAAUAUUUAGUGAUGCACCUGAUGAAUUUUUAGAUCCAAUAAUGUCAACGUUGAUGAUUGAUCCAGUUGUUUUACCUUCAUCAAAAAUAUCUGUUGAUAGACAAACAAUUGCCAGACACUUGUUGAGUGAUCAAACUGAUCCUUUUAAUCGUUCACCAUUAACAAUGGACAUGGUCAAAUCAGAUGUAGCACUUCGUUCUAAAAUUCAAGAAUGGAUUGAACUUAAAAAACAGUCCAAAUCGUCGUAAGUUUAUUAAGUUAUGAACUUUUUCUUUUUUUAAAAAAAAGACAAAUUAUUUACAAUUUAAAUAAUGAUUUUUUUUUUUUUUUUUUUUUUGUUUUUCAUUAAUAUAAAAUACAAAUUAUAUUAUCAAGUUUUUAAUAUAAAUAAUAUAAUUAAAAUAUUAUAUUGUUUAUAUUUUUUUAAAAUUUAAAAAUAAAUGUUUAGAAAAAAAUAUUAUUAAAUAAGACAAACAUACAUGCAGCUAUGUGUAUUUAGCAAAAAGAAAAAAAAAAAAUAUUACAAAAUACAAAGAAAAAAAAAAAUUGUAUUUACAAAUUAA